AUGACAGAUGAAGCGUUUGGUUCUGUAAUGGAUAAACUAAGUUUAAAUGGCACUGUAGAAGACUCCUUACGAGGCAAAUUGGAGGAAUACGAUGAUGACAAUAUCUUACAACGGUCAGAAAUGACAUUAAGCGAUGUCUUACAGUAUUACAAACAUUACAGUACUGUCAGAGAAGUCACAGAAUUGGUGCCAGAACUGUUAAACUGUGUUUUGCAAGAUUCUAGUACUUUUUUGCAGUUGUCGGCAUUGAUAAUAGAAGAAGGGGCAGCUGUAUCUUUACAACAUUUACUUCUAUACCUCCAAAGUAAUGCCAAGGAUCUUGGAGUUACAGUAGGGCACUUGCUGUUCGAAACAAGACUAAUUGGAGUUGUCAUUGGAGAGCUUGGUCUAAAAUACGUUGCUUUGAUGACAAAAGUUGUCAUUCAAGUAUUCGAAGGGCAGAGUAGGGGUAAUGUACAGGAGAUAUACAUCAUGUUGACCAAAAGAAUACUAACUAUAAUCAAAGGACUUAACACAAGCAGAGACAAGAAGAACACGGUCAGGGAGCUUCAGAUGAUAACCAGCUCGUUGUGCUAUUUUUGUGUGUCACAGAACUUGUUUAUGGUAGGUAAUGGUAAAAAUAUUAUGAUUUUGUAAUCUACCGUAUUUAUUGUAUGUAUAUCUUACAGUAUUCUGUAGUAUGUUAUUUUUGCUUAAAGUGUAACUUUAGGUGAUGACGUUGUCUCCGGGACUUCUAGAGUUCUUCCUUAACCUGAUUCCAGUGGACGACGAACACUUUAUAGUACAAUACUCAGCUCUUCAUCUGCAAUGUCUCUGUUUGGCUUUUAACUUUUGUCGAACGUAAGUGUGCUAUUACUGUAACUUAUAGUACUUUAGACAUAACUACUUCAUAGCUACAAGCAAAAUGGCGCAGAAGUCUCUGAUUGAAGCUCCGUCUUCUGGAUUCUUACAGUUACAGUUCAAGAAGUUGGGGAGUAUACUGUCACAUUACAAGGUUCUGUCGACUGCCACUUUGGAUUUGUGUUUGGAGUGGAUGUUUCUGAUUGUAAAUCAAGUUAACUUUGAGAUCAUGAAUGUGGAGGAAACCAUACUUCUGAAGAAGAGCAUUGUCAACAUAUUCUUGGAAGGUAAAGGUUAAAGGUACUUAGUAUCUAUGAAUGAAAGUAGCUUUAUAAAUGAUAUAACUGAUUACAACGUUAAUAUAACUAGUCAUAUUUGGUUUAAACUAUUGUUUUAGGUUUGGACGGGAAACAGAGCAGAAGCAAUCGACUGGUCGACGGACUAAAGGUCUUCGAAUUACUGUCAGAAUACGACGAUGAGGAGCUACGAGUUGUGAUGAGUAAGAUCUUUGCUCGACGACACGACUUUCUGAUGGUAUUCAAGAUGGUACCAGCUGAUACGUUGUUACGGUAAGAAAGUAGUUUGAUGGUUAUUUAAUUAAGUAAACGGUAAAUAUUUUAAUAUUGCUUUACUUAGCUGUUAUUUUUGUAUUUUAGGUACUUUCUUCAACCAGAAAGUGUAAAAGUAGACGAUCUUGUCUUUACCAAUGGGGACAAUGGUACAUGCUUGACUAAACUGUUUAUGCAUCAUGGAGACAAGAAAAUGUAUGAAUGUUAUAUUACUUUAGUGCUAUAUUUGUUCGAAAUUAUUAUCUACUACUUCUUUCAGGCAGUUUGUAUGUGAGGUACAACAAGCGAUACGAAGGAUGGUAACUGAGGAUACUGUUGCCGACUUCAACGAUUCUACAGUCUACAAACUCGUCAAAAGUGUAAAUGGUAUGUUCAGGCACUAUAUUGUCUUAAUCGAUUACAUAACAUUAAUGUUUAGAUAACAUGACAAGUAUCCUACGGUCGAGAGUAAAGUAUGACAUUGGGCGUGGGUAUUUGAUUGGACAUUCUUUAUUGGAACUGGUCGAACAAACCGAGAAAAAUUACGGUAGUUGUGUGGAGAAGGCAGACAACGUAAGUACAUAUAAAAGUCUUUGAUACUUAAAUUGAAAUAACAUAAUAUGAAUAAUGGCAUGGUUUUGGGAAGUGUCUUUAAAAUUACAAUAUGUUGUGCUUUCAGAGCUACUUGACAGUGUUCGAUGUAUCCUUCGAUGUGUUAUGUCUGUUGUUCGAAUGUGCUUUGGACAUUGGAAGACCUCAUUUUGUGAUACGAACAGUUACCGAGUACUCGAAAGGGCAAGACAUUGACCACGACAUCUUCAGAACUAUGUCAAUAUACGUUGUGUGGGCAUAUCUACUGUUGAGGGACGUGGAAGGAGUGACUGAUGUCGAGGUGAUGUUCUUGAGGAAGUACGAUCACAGGUCCAAGUGCUUCGAAGUCUACAAGGAAUUCGCGAUGGGACGGUAAGAUUCUCAAGAUUCUACUGAUAAAAUGAACGUACAAGUUUACUAGAGGGUAUUGUGAACUUAUCAUGUUUCAGAGUAGAACUAUGCUUAAAUCUGGUCGAUGUGCUGGACUAUAAUGACAUAGACAGUAACCCCGUGGUCUACAAACUUCUGAAUUGGAUUGUAGGUUACUUUUAGUAUUUAAAACGUUACAGUAUCCAUUUAUAAGUUUUAAGUAUACUGAAGUAAUCUUAAUAAAAGUUACGGUGACAUACUAAUAUUAUUUAUUUACAGCGUCACGAAUGUCUGGAAAUGGUACCAGUACCACUAAUCCGAAGACAGCUGGCUCCAAACGCUUUCCACGGUUUGGUCGAGGUGAACGAGAAUCUGGAUUCUAAUAUUCUGAUGGGCCUGGUCGGCUGGAAUCUUCCGGAGGAACCAGCUCCAGUCGUACCAAUUCACAAAAUGGUACAAAGUGUUGAAAGCGACGUGAAACAGCUGCUACAGUCUUGGCUCACUAAGGAUCAGUUCUACGCCGAUCCCAUGUAAUUGCUUUUCGAUACUGUAUUUUAAGUACACCUUUUCGUUGUGGGUUUGUAGGGUUUUGAACGUUAGAAUCUUAAAGAAAUGUGUUGUAGUUUACUUAGCAAGGCAUACUGUAACAUUUUUCAGGUUUUUUACGAAAAGCAUUCAAGAUAUAGAGGGUCGACUUAGUAGCCUUGUACAACUGAGCUACAGUAACCACGAGAAGCCGGCGUGGAGAGCUUCGUUGGAUUCUCUUCAGACGUUGUUCAAGAUUCUGGAAUCCAAAACGGAAUGGGUGAGGACUCUACUUAUAUUACUGUAAUUUUAACGGUUAUUGCCUGGAGGACUAGUAACUUUGUUACCUAAAAUGAUGGUUUUAACUCUUUGUUUCUAGCAAUCAGCCAUGGACAGCCUUAUCGAUAACACAAAGCUGGAUCGACUGGACGUUAACUAUCUCUUCAAGUUUGGACAGAAUUUAGGUAACUACUUUGAGAAGACUGGAGCGGUCCAGCUGUGCCCGACUUCUCGAUUCCAUCUGUUUCUGUCGUCGUUGGCUCUGAAGUCAGGGAAUCAGAUGUUGUUCUACCAUUACAACGACAAAAGUCUCAAGAUGAACAACCAGAGACUGUACCCGACUACACAGAUGAAGUACCUGUCCAAAAGAGUCCAGAUAGUAUGUUAACACUAUUAAUUGUAUAAUUUUUGUACUACGAUAUAUUAUAUAUAUGUUGACAUCUUUCUUUAAACCUUGAAUGUAUUUGUAUAUACCUUUAACCUUGAAUAUAUUGCUAUAGGGAGAUUGUGACAAAGCCGUGCCUCAGUACGUGGUUUCCGAUGGUACUAAACUGUAUUCAUUGCUGGCACAGAAUCUAGAAGAAGAAGUGGAUCUGGUAGCCGAUGUCUCCAACCGGCUGGCUACACUCUCUCAACAUCUGCCAUUGUUUUGUAAUGCCAUCAAGAGUCAGACCAUGCCUACCAAGGUUUGUUUUACAGUCGGGGGCGUUACUGUACUCAACGUUCUUGUACUAUUAUAUUUUGACAAUUACGUAACAUGAUUUUUCACCCUAUAGUAAUCCUUCCUUGACCUUAUCAUAUGUUACAGUAACCUUAACAUAUUGCAGAUCCAAAAUUCAGCAUUAGAAGUACUACCGUUGAGUACUAAAUCUGAAACAGCUUACAUCUCUGGAGCCUUUCAUCAUCUGGCUACGAUUCUGAAGCCGGAUUCACAGAGAUUCUCUCAAGACUUCAGAAGAUGGAUGUUUUCUCAAAUAAAACACGACAACGGGAAUCUGAGGCUGACGGAUUCUGAAUUCAACGACUUCAAGAGAAUUCUGCAAAAGAACGAUGUGAAGAUGAGCGAUGAAGUUGUCACCGUGAUGGAAGCUACAGAUUCCUACGAAACAAUGAUUGAGAUUCUAGGAAAAAAGUCAAAUUCUGAUGUCAGCGGGUACGUUGAGUUAGGCUUAUGUUGUUUUAAAGGGCUGACUUUUAGCAAAAUACAUCUAUUUAUGACCUAAUGAUUUAUAUUGUUAUAGGUUGUUGAGUAAUGUAGGGUUCAACAGCACCUUUUCAUUGUUCAAACAGCGUCAGAAGAUGCAGUUCGAUGUCUACAUUAACAUACUGUGCAAACUCCUCUUGAUGGACAACACGGUAAGGGGAGUUAUUGAGGUCAAAAAGAACUUAGAAGCUCUUCUCCUUACGGACUGUAAAUGGUUGAUUUCAGGUAAAUAUUGUGAAUGUGUCAGCCUGUCUGGAGAUACUCGAGUGGCUGCUAUGUCACCCCAUGUGGAUGAAGGAACACGAAACACGCUUUCUAGAGACUUCUAAGGCCACCUCUUGGCUCAGUAAGUGAAAAGAACUUUGUAUAUGCUAAUGUAGAUGUAGCUACGUAAUUGUAAGUAAGUAUGAUUUACGUAAUUGUAAGUAAGUAUGAUCUACUUACAGGCGUCAUUCCUCAAAUGCUGGGGAUUCUGAAGCAAAACAACGAAGACGCAGCGCUUCUGAUGAAACAGUUCCUGAUUCCACUGAUUCUGGAGAAUCCUCACAAAUUUGCAUAUUAUCUUAACAACGAACACAAUACCGUGCACGACGAGUACCUGAUCAACGAUAACAAUGUAGACGAAGAUGGCAUCAGUCUGGGCAUCAGUGUGUAUCAAGAGAUAAAGGUCAGUGAUGGUUGAGUUACUUGAUCUAUAAGCUAGGGAAUCUUUUCCAAUCACCUUAACGUAGUCGUUGAAAAUAAAUUGAAAUAUCUAUUAGAAACUAAUUUCAGGAGGAGGAGAAGUCGAGUUUCGAGCACGUUGCCGACCAGUUUAAGUCGGUUUACCCUGAUCUCACCGAAGAGGUACUGUACUUUUCGGCCGAGUUUGACCAGAUAUCAUUGACAUUGUCCGAGAGGUGGAACUACCUUCUCAGUCAUCUGAACACAGACAUCAACUCCUUCAACAAGUCCAUCAAAGGCUACUCCCAACAGUUGGAGAAGGUGCUGGAUCACAGAAGUCAUGUCAAACUAGUUGUGGCAGAGCUGGCCAAGAACUUCAGACAUACGGUAGGUUACUGUACUGCAAUAUAAAGAAUCUAAUUUUAUUUUGUCACUGGUUCAUAAUGUUUUAGGUGCUACAACUGAUAACCGAGUUCUAUGAGGAAACGGAAUUCAUGGAGAACGAUGUUGUGGACGUGAAGAGGUUCAAGGCUUGUUUUAUGAAUCAAAUUGGUAAAGCCCUGAGGGAAUCGGCCCAAGCCUCAUCGGUGAACAAGUUCUUCACUCCGUUCGUAGACUUCAUGAGCAAACUGCAUUCUGACAUUCAACGCCAAGACAACCAGAUUCUGAAUCUAAAUUCACUUUCUCCUGGACUAGCCAAACUCAGAGGGACUGGUCUUCCCUUGCCUGGCCUAAAACAACAUGAAGAUAGGACGAUAUACUCCAUUGAUUCUGCUGUUUACGUAUUACCGACCAAAACACGCCCAAAAAAAGUCACGGUGAUUGACGAUGCGGGUGAACGGUAGGUCCUGCUCUACGGUUAGUUUCAGUUAUACCUAUUUACAAUUAUAUAAUCAAUCUACUUUCAGACACACCUAUCUCUGCAAAGGGCAAGAAGAUCUGAAGCUGGACGAACGAGUGUCCGGUCUGUUCGCCUUGAGUAACCAGCUGUUCCUGGAACAGACCACCAAGAAAUAUUGUUGUAGACAAUACUCUGUAACUCCACUCAGUAACCGGACAGGACUGGUCGAGUGGGUGUCUAGUGCCAAGUCAGUGUACCAGAUAUACAAGACAUGGUACUACAACCAGCUGGAGAACAAGCUUCUGAAGCGGCAGAAGGAAGAAUCGCAGGAUUCACAGAACGAUGCGGAUUCAGAAGACCGUUCGGAUCGUGCUUCCAAUAGUGCAGUGAACGAUCAGAGUUUGGAGGAGAGAGAGCACGACUACAAGGAGGACGACAGACACUUCAGACCGGUCAAGACAUUCUACUCAGUCAUGAAAGAUAUCAUGGGUAACCAGGUACGGUAACACUGAUAGAAUUGAUUCUUACUCAGUAAUCAGCAGAGUAUUUUACAUUACUUUUUGUAGUUACCUAAUAUUCUCUAUAUUCAGCAAAACGUGAACUACAAGAACCGAAGCUUAUGGACGGAGGAAAUGCUACUGAAGUCAUUUAACAAAAUGAAAGAAACAGCUCCACACCAUCUGAUAUCAGAGUAAGUAGAUGCUUUAACUACAAAGAGUAGCCUGAUAGACAUAACUUUACGUUUAAAUCACAUUUUAGGUAUAUCUGGAAGUCUAGCACAACGUCAGCUGAAUGGUACACUAAGAUAAACAACUACACCAAGAGUAUGGCCGCUGCCAACAUGAUGGGCAGUCUGAUCGACCUCGGCGACAGACAUCUGGACAAUAUUCUAGUAGACCACAGUACCGGGGAACUGGUUCACGUCGACUUCAAUGUUUGUUUCCACAAAGGGGCGGUCCUUAGAGUACCAGAAAGGGUACCAUUCCGGCUCACUCAGGCCUUCCUGGAUGUGUUAGGGCCUGCUGAAAGUGCAGUGAGUUUUAUUUUUUUAUGUUAUGUUACAUCUAUCUUCCAUGAAUUAGUUUUGAGAAGAGUACCAAAGUGUUUGUUUCAGGGAAAGUUCACGGUAUUCAGCGAAGAAGUGCUGCAAUGUCUGAGUAACAACAAGAACCUGAUCCGCAACUACCUUAAUGUCUUCCAAUCAGAUCCUCUGACUGAAUGGUCGAUCCCCAACGACCCAAUUACCGGCUCCAAGCUGAAUAUGUUCGGCUCGAUAGUAACCCACAACGACAGUCUUGUCCUGAACUUGUUGUUGACCAACUUCUGUGCCUUAUUGGGGAGUUUGAAGCCCGCGUUACAAGCUGUCGAGUAAGAAGUUAAAUAUGUUAUUUAAGGAAAAAAUAUCAUCUGUCUUAGUCAACAUCUAAUGUAAUUUAAUUUAGAACCAAGAUAGCUGAGUCAAUUCGAAGUCUGAUCGAUCAGGGAACCACAGAUGUUAACGUAGAGAUUUUUCAUCGUUACACAAAGAAGCACCAGGCCAUAAUGCACCGUCUGAAGCCUUUCUUGAAGAUCUUGGCGGUCUGUAUUCCAGAGUUCAAGGCCUUUGUUACAGUAUACAAAACCAACUUCUCGUCUCCCAUGGCCAAGAUCCUCAGAAUCAUCGUUGGCCAAUCUGAUUCGUCGAUACAAGGACUACUCAAUGACGUUAUGGAUAACAUUCACACGUAAGUUGGUCUAAGCGACUAGAGACAAUCAGACAACUGAAGAAGAGUUGUAGCUAAUUCUAUGAUGUCUGUUUUAAAUACCGUGAAUAUUAUUGUAAUCAUGGCAUUAAUUAAAUAUUUUUGUAUUGUUUCAGGAUAUUUGGCUCGCUCUACAAGCUACAAGAAGUCCACGUGAUAUUCGACAAGGAAAGAAUCCUCUGUCCCUCCAGUAGAUAUUCCCAAAGACUCAAAACUACUCUAGUCAACAAACUCAACGGGUGUGAAGCUGAAAACGAACGACUGACUGUUUCUCAACAUGUACAGUACUUAAUCAACGCUGCCACCAAUGACAGUAACCUCUCACAGAUGUACGAAGGCUGGAUGCCUUGGAUGUAA